AUGCUAAUAUUUAAAUUUUUUAGACCCCUUGCUUUACGUGCUGUUAAAGCUUUGGAAAGAUUAUAUGGAACAGAAUAUCAAGUUGGUUCUGGAGCUGACCUUUUAUACGAAGCUUCUGGUUCAUCCCACGAUUAUGCCAAAGGUGUUCUAAAUAUUCCUUUUUCUUUUCUUGUCGAAUUGAGGCCUCAAAACACCCUUCACAGUACCGGCUUUUUAUUACCCGAAGCAGAAAUUAUGGACACCGCUGACGAAACUUGGGAGGCAAUUAAAAUAGUGGCCGAUAAAAUGUUGGAAAGAUAUGCACCUCUCCCUCCUAUUGAAACAAGUAGAGGGAGGAAUUUAAUGGGAAUUACUUCUUCAACUGAAAUUGAAGGAAAUGAACAUUGUAGUACAUCUACAACACAAACAAUCCCUACUACUCCAUCAAUUAAAACUUCUUCGAAUACUUCAACAUUAAAAACAACAAUAAAAACAACUCGUAGAAAAAACAACAAAAAUUCCCCUUCCAAACCAACCAAAAAAACAACAACCCCCACAACUACUGAGGUACCGACUAAUCAAACUUUAAUAGUUAAUACUACAACAGAAACAACAACACCGACUACUUUAAUGACUUCAAAAAAUACAUCACCUCCUUCUCCUCCAACAACCUCAACAAUAACUACAAUAUCAGUUCCCUCCUCUUCAUUAAAUUCUUCCUCAAUUCGAAAUACAAUUUCAAAUAAAUUAGAGAAUUUAAUUCCUUGGGCAUCAAUAGAAAGUAGAAACAAAAUUAGAUCAAAAAAUAAUAGAGGAGGAAUAAGAAAAACUAUUGUUAAUGUAAAAAUAUGUACAGGUGGAAGAGGGGGAAAGAGUAGUGGAAGUAGUAAAAGUUGGGAAACUUUAUUAACAUUUCCUCCAAAGGGAAAAUCUUCGGAAGAAGAAGAGGAGGAAGAUGUUGAAGAUGAAUUACCUGAAAAAACUCGAAAAAGUAGAGAACAAAAUAGUGAAGAAGAAGGGGAGGAAGAUAUUGAGGAAAAUGAAGAAAAAGAAAAUAAAGGUAGGCUAAAUAAGAAUAUUUUUAGAAGAAAAAUUAAUUAA